AUGUCCCAACGUCACGCCGCGGUGGCCUACUACCCAGGUGAUGACGUACAGCCUGAUGGCAACGUGUUCACCACUGUCCCAUUCUUGCGUGACUUCAGAUUAUCAGACCCUCAAGUCAUCUAUCGCCCACCCGACGAUUUGACCCCACUCAUUGAUGAUAUUGUGUCGGGGAACCGCACUUCCCUGCUGCAUGGCACGUUGCCCACGAUCACUUUGGCUAUAGAGGUGGCUCCAUGUGCGGACCACUUUCACAGAUGUGUGUCAUCAUCGAACCCCUUUUGUGCAUUUCUGUGCGCGCCGGAGCGUGAAGGUUUGGAUGCCAUCGCUGAGGAGUUGCAGCGGGGCCGGCAUGUGACGGCAGAUGAGGAAUAUUGGAGUGAGGAGUACUGGCGUGCAUUGCAGGCCGAGGACGACGGGGUGUCCGAGUCGUCCUCUUCACAUACUGCGGUGCAGAAGACAUCAAUUUGGCUCGACCUGUCGUACCCAAGUGAUGAGUCGUCGCCAAAGAAGUUUACUGCAGAUGACUCAUUCUCUCCCGCUCUUAGAAGGGGGAGCCGCCGGGCAACGCUGCGACAUAAGGGAAGGAUUUCGGGUGAGAAACACCACAGGGACGAGCGGAUGGGGGCCCCAAAUACCAGGCAACUCUCACAAAAUCAUAGGCGGGAGGGAAUCGACAGUGUAGUUUCUGUUACAAGGAAUAGUAAAGUUAGACUAAGAUAUGCAUCAACUGCCGGCUCGCAGAGGGAGCAGGAGGUGCGCGCGGGGCAGGUACGGAGUCUUGUGGGUUUAGGAGAUCAUAGUCACAACCAACAACGGCAGCAGUCGCAUCGGGAGAGGUUUCAGCAUAAGGACGCGUCUGUGGAAGGUGAUAGACGUAGGGUGUCGCAGGCCCGUGGAAAGGUGACGAGAGCCCCGGUGUCUCCAAUCUCUAAAAAAUGUACUGCUGUUUAUACUAGUCAGGUGGGGUGUGCUCCGUGUAAUGGCUCAAGCACCACGGUGAAACACGAAGCGCACAACGGCGUGAGCGACAAGAAGAGGAUGUUAACCCCUGUCGCGCAGUCCCCAAUGGGGGCGGAAGGGCGGUGCAAGGGUUCGGGUGAAAGUAAACUGAUAGAUAGAGCGCCUGUGACAGAUUUUGUGCAGAAACCCGAUCCUAAACCUACAACACUGCAGGCGCGUGGGAGCCGAAGCGCGGUUGAGGUAUCAGGAAGUGGCGUCCACCAGACACUAUGCAGCUCCGGUUGUCUCAUUGAUAAUGCGUCUGAGGGCGGUGUACUAGUGAUACCUGUUGUGGUGAAUUCAACGAUAGCAGAGCCGACUGCUGUUUGUUGUUUUUCUGAACCAUUUCAAGUGACAGAAGAAGGACCUCAAACACGCGCAUCAGACGCUAAGAAGGCAAGACCCAGCUGCAAUUUUGCUUCCCCCGGUGGAGGAUUCAACCCGCGGACCAGGGAACCGCACACGAAUAAAUGCGCAGCGUCUAAAUGCUGUUCGGUGAUGUGA